AUGUCUAUCCACGGCCUCCUCUUCUGCCACGUGCUAGGGAGAUUGUGGUGUAAAGUUGCAUUUACCGGCUAUAAACAUGGCCUUCGAAACCACAGAGAGCAAGCUCGACUGAAGACUGAGGGUGGUUACUGCCAUGAUGAAACAGGAUUUUACCUGGGAAGAUGUGCUUCUGUACACAAGGCAAAGAACAAUACUGUCACUCCUGGUGGUAAACCAAAUAAAACCCAUGUUAUUUGGGGUAAAGUGACUCGUUCCCAUGGUAGCAGUGGCAUGGUCUGUGCCAAGUUCAGAAGUAACCUGCCUGCAAAGAUUAUUGGGCACAGGAUUCAUGUGAUGCUGUGCACAUCAAGGAUUUCAAGCAAGGCUGGAGAUAACCUGAAAAUAAAUAGUAAAAUGAUCUGA